AUGGUGAGUACGAAAUACUUAGCGGCGUGUACGCUCGCUUCAGUUCUCAGCGAAGCAUUUGUGACGAUUCCGGCUGUGAAGACGAACAGUGCGGGAACAGACACAGCGAUGUGGAAUCGGGACUUGAAGUUGGCUUACUCGGACGAAGGUCUGAAGAAUGUGGCGGAGGUUUUUGCCGCUGACAUGAAGGACUACACGAUGAGUACUGUGCAAGGCACGGACGGAGAAUUUUUACUGGAGUUGAGUGACAAAGACACUGACAUUAAUGGGGCGAAGUUCCCGAACGAAGCAUACAAGAUUACGUUUAGCGAAGGUAAGGUCAAGGUCACAGCGAAGACUCCUACGGGGGCGUUGUGGGGUACGCGUACCUUGCUGCAAAUCGCAAAGCAGGUCAAUUAUGAGUGGCCGGCAAGUGGCUUUAUUUUCGACGAACCUAAUGACGAGAGACGCUGGCUGGGAUUGGAUUGUGCUCGCCACUACUGGGAGCCGGAGUUCCUGAAGAGCGUCAUAAAGCGAGUAAGUAACCUGAAAAUGAAUGGUUUGCAGAUGCAUGCCGUGGAUAACGAAGCCUUCCGAUAUGACAUCCCCAAGUACCCUGGACUGGCACCUGCAGGUCGCUCCUACAACGAGACGGUCAUUGGUGACUUGGUCGACUAUGGCCGACUGCACGGUGUUGAAGUAAUGCCCGGCUUCGAGUUCCCUGGACACUCAACCGCCAUGAACGAAUAUUUCGGUACUGGCGUCGUUCUAGACGGGGAUGGCAUGACCGCCUCUCUGGCCGCGAUGGUGACCGAUGUAACCAACCCGAAGGUUGACGGGUUGGUCAAGGACCUCGUCUCAACCGUCGUCCCCUGGUUCAAGGAUCCCAAAUAUGUGCACCUCGGAGGUGAUGAAGUUAGCUCCAUGAUCUCCGGCGGCUACGAACCCUUCAAAAAAAUGGUGGCUGACCAUCCCGAUCUCUACACCACCAUCGACGACUACCUCACCACCUGGCUCACCGGCAUAGUGGACUGGUUCGUUGCCACGUUCCCUAAGUCGAGACCCAUAAUCUACAAUGGAUUCGAAAACGGAAUUAAGAAAGUUGAGAUGCCGCACAACGCAGUCAUCAACUACUGGGAAGGCAACUUCGACUAUUUCAAGAACCACCCAGGUUAUGAUAUCCUUGUAUCCGAUGAAGACUAUCUCUACCUCGUCACCAGCACGAACCUCAACGUAUUCCCUGACCUACUCGAACUCAAAGACUACGACCUAGAAGGAUGGACCAAUGAGACGCCGGACACCACCACCACUCCCAAACCUACGACGACGACCACCACCACCACCACUGAGUCCACCACCGUUAGCACGUCUUCGACUACGCUCCCGGACACGUCUUCGAGUACGUUUUCCACCAAGUCGACUGAAGCGAGCACCACCGUGAAACCCCGAGUGUUGGACGACGAGGCUCCGACUGUGAACACGUACUUUGGGUCUUCGUUCCUGGAGUGGGGCGACAACAACUACUGGCAAGACGACUCGAUGCUGUCUUAUGGUUAUGACGCAUUGGCGUUGACAGCGGCGAAGCAGUGGAACCGUGACGUUAGCACGUUGAUUAAGAAGGAUCCGCUAGCUUUCAAGACGUUGGUCGAGGCUUUGGACCCCAAGUUACCCAUUCUGGAGCCUGCGGAGAAGUUGGAGCAGGUGGCCUUUUAUCGGUUCGAAAAAGAACAGAGUGUCGAGAUGCCGAGCAUGUGCGAUGGGUAUAUGUGUGUCUUCGCACAAGACUACGUAGGCCAGCGCCAUGGCGCGGGUCUGGGUAGUCUGUUCACCGUCGGCAAGCCGAACCCGGAUUUCAUUGAGGGAAUGCACGGUAAGGGACUGCAAUUCGCUUACCAACUGGCUACUUCGAACCCGUUCAGCUUCGGUGGCAUGGAUAUGCCCGCGCCCUGGACCAUUAGUGCUUGGAUGCGCAGAGACAAGCGGGUGGACGACGUCGCCUUCCUGUACUCGCCGGAAAACCGUAUCAUACUUUCCAAUGAACUCGGCCACAUGGCCAUCCAGCAGACUGGCAAACCCGCAAUCGACAUCGGUAUCAGCAUUCCGGUAGACUGGACCCACGUGACCAUCAGCACGGACGGCAUCUUCACCUACGCGUACGUCGGAGGUGAACUAAAACAAAAGGUGAAGGGCUCCAUCGACCUACCUUUCUUCUCUAUCGGCGGCCCCAAGGAGAUGAUCGUACUCGCCAUCGACGACUUCCGUGUCUUCCGCGGCUUCGCAAACGAGGUCAACGCCGACGUUCUGGCCGGAAUGAACGUAGACGACAAUCCCGAUGACUACUUCCAGUACCCUGAGGAGAAGGCAUCUGGCGUCGCUGGAACCAUUGCAGUCGGCUCCGUAGCCGCCGCAAUCCUCCUACCUGUCCUCGUGGCUGCGCUCUAG